AUGGCAACGGUGCCACUUGGUCUUUAUCUGUGGAAGCGGCUGAAGCAGAUAGGCAUCGACCAUAUCUUCGGCGUCCCUGGCGACUUCAAUCUGAAUCUGCUCGACUACAUCUAUGAUGUUCCCGACCUGAAAUGGGUCGGUAACACCAAUGAGCUGAACGCUGCAUAUGCAGCCGAUGGGUAUGCCAGAGUAGCUGGAGCAGGAUGCCUUGUCACUACUCAUGGUGUCGGAGAGUUGUCAGCCAUCAAUGGCAUUGCAGGUGCCAUGACCGAGCAAGUCAAGGUCAUCCACGUUGUCGGUCAGACGACACGCAUGAUGCAGCAGAAGCAUCUCAUGAUACAUCACAGCAUCGGUUUCAACCCCGAUCAUCAGGUUUUCAACAAGGCAUCGAAAGGCUUCCGAGUCGCGGCGGCCGAGCUUCAGAGCGAGGAAGGAGCAGCAGAAGAGAUAGACCGUGCCCUUCGUGAAAUGUUCCUCAAGUCCGGGCCAGUAUAUAUCUUCGUGCCGAUCGAUCUGGUUGACAAGCCCAUUCCUGCGGCGGCGCUGGAGAAGCCGCUGAACCUCGAACCUGAACCUGAUACGAAAGCUGUUGAGGAGGCCGUCCGUGCUGCGUUAGACGCUUUGUACACAAGCAAACAGCCCGCCGUCUUCGUGGACUGCCUAGUGCAACGACAUCAAGCAGUUGUAGAAGUCCGAAAACUGGUAGAUACUCUAUCCACUCCGACGUAUACAAGUAACAUGGGAAAGGGCAUUAUCGACGAGACUCACCCUCACUAUGUUGGUUUGUACAAUGGCGUAUGUUCCGGACCUGGUGUACAGGAAGCAUUCGAACAAGCCGACCGUGUUUUGAUGAUUGGCAACUUGCCGUCUGAUACCAAUUCAGGAGGCUUCACUCGCCGCAUCGCUUCCGACAAGGCCCUAUCUAUCGACACACACAGCGUCACCGUCGGCGGGAAGACUUAUGACAAUGCUCCAAUCAAGGCGGUCUUGCGCAAGAUGCUGGAUCUUGUUGCCACGGACAAGCUUCCGAAGACAUUAAUGCCGAAGCUGCCUGAGCGACCACUAGAAGACGAUGCAGACUCGAAGAUGAUCACACAAAGUUGGGUGUGGCACCGCUUCGCCAAGUUCAUGCAGCCGGGAGAUGUCGUCCUUGGUGAGACUGGUACAGCUGCCUUCGGUUUGCCGGACACGACGUUUCCUGCCGAGAUCAUCUGGAUCACACAGACGUACUAUGGCAGCAUCGGACAUGCCACACCUGCCGCAUUUGGGGUCGAAAUGGCAUUGAAUAGCCUAGCCUCCAGGGGCACAGCUAGAGGCCGCACUAUCCUUUGUACAGGCGACGGUAGCCUAAUGUUGACUGUCCAGGAAGUUGGUAACAUGAUCAAGCAUGGCGUGGCGCCUAUCAUCUUCAUCAUCAAUAAUGCAGGAUACACCAUCGAGCGCAUCAUUCACGGAGCGCGACAGAGCUACAACGACAUCGUGCCGUUUGAUUACAGCCACAUGCUCCAGUUCUUCAACAUGCCGGAAGCGGAGGCCAAAAAGAACUUCCAUCGUGCGCAUACGAAAGCGGAGUUGGAGGAGAUCCUGUCCAAGGACAGCGUGAAGCAGCCUCAAGCUCUGCAAAUCGUUGAGGUGAUGAUGGAUAUGAUGGACGUGCCAUGGCGACUGGCAACGCAGAUUGCAACACGCGGGCCGGCUGCAGUCAAGGAGAUGCAAGAGGCUGGCUUCAAAGUAAGGCAGUUGAAUAAGCAGGAGGCCUUCUGGGGCUAA